GCAGAUCGGCGGCGCAGAGAGACGACGAGGGGGGGGGCGGUGUCAAAAAAGAGCAUCUCCGAGGAUUUGCUGGGAUGAGACGCGGUUAGAGAGAGAGAGAGAGAGAGAGAGAGAGAGAGAGAGAGAAAGUGGCGUGGGUGGCGGGCGGGGGCAUGAUCUUAGAGUCUGCUUCCUGUCGUGCGGCGGGACGUGCAGCGGGGAACGGCGCUUGCAGAUUCGUGCGGUAGAAUCGGGAAGUCAUGCCCUGCGAGCGCUGAGGGGUGUCGAGCGUCCACACGUUGAAGGUGGGGAGGGGGCAUGCAGCAGAGGAAAGGAGCCAGGUGGGCUGCACCCGUCGUCAUCUCCCGUGGACGCCUCUCUUCGCCGGCCCUGCAGCCGGAGUGCCUCCGGACCCGCACCCUCCUCCACGCCGGGGAUUUCUCCACGAACUGAGGAGUCGGGAGCGUCCGUUUCUCCCCGCCGCAGGAUCUUACAAUAUGUCCGCCUAAAAGCCGCCAAGUGUACUUUAGAAUGGCGCUCCCGUGUCCCGGCGCGCUAAGAGGUUGACCAAUGAAGCCAUGGGACUCGGCCAGAGCUUUACAAAUGGGGCCUGCGGCAAAGCCCUGGACCAGCCGGUGGGCGAGUGGCUGGAGCACGCGGGGCUGCCGCAGUACGAGGGAAAGUUCCUGCUCAACGGCUUCGACGACCUGCGUUUCAUGGGAAGUAACGUGAUGGAGGACCAGGAUCUCAGAGACAUUGGGAUCACAGACCCAGGGCACAGGAAGAAAAUCCUCCAUGCGGCACGUAACCUGCCCAAGGUCAAAGCUCUGGGCUGUGACGGCAGCACGUCCUUGGCCUCGUGGCUGGAUGGUCUGGGUCUGCAGGAGUACCUGCCCAACUUUCUGUCCAGUGGCUACCGCACCCUGGAGUGUGUGAAGAACCUGUGGGAGUUGGAGAUCAUCAAUGUGAUCAGGGUGGGGCCACUGGGCCACAGGAAGAGGAUCAUCGCCUCUCUGGCUGAGAGACCGUACGAGGAGGCUCCGUCUAAGUCCCGCCGUCUGUCUCCCAUCAUGUUCCAUGACCUCCUGUCCCAGACCACGUGCACCCUGGGCCAGAUGGACCCUUACACCAGUCGCUCCAUGGACAUGUUGCUGCCCCUGGCGGAGGCCGACCGGAGGCGGCGAGGAGGGGACCAAGACUGUAGCGUUUCUCUGCGUUCCUACUGUGAGAGGCCGCGCUCUGUGGACCGUCAGAGUGAACGGCACAAAGAAUCUCGUCUCAACCUGCGGCCGCCCAGCCAAUCUGCUACCUACGCCACCGUGUCCGCUUGGCACCACCAGCCUGAGAAGCUCAUCCUGGACGCCUGCGGGUACGAGGCCACUUACUUAGGUUCAAUGAUCAUCAGGGAUCUACGAGGGAUCGAGUCCACACAAGACGCCUGCGCCAAAAUUAGGAAAUCCAAGGACUCCAGAAAAGGUCCGGUUGUCAUCCUCUCCAUCACCUACAGGGGGGUCAAGUUCAUAGACGCCGCCACCAAGACCAUAGUCGCGGAGCACCAGAUUCGCAACAUCUCCUGCGCCGCCCAGGACCCGGACGACCUCUGCACGUUCGCCUACAUCACCAAGGACCUGAAGAGCGGCCACCAUUUUUGUCACGUCUUCAGCACGGUGGAGGUGACGCAGACGUACGAGAUCAUUCUGACACUGGGCCAGGCCUUCGAGGUGGCCUACCAGAUGACGGUCCAGGCCAGGGCGCGACAACACGUCCCACAUUCGUCUUUGGGCCCGGAGGUCCUCCAGACCAAAAUCAGCCGUCCGGUGUCACAGUCGUGGAGCAGCAUGAGGAGAUCCGCAGGUGCCCCCGCGCUCGAGUGCCGCUGCUGUCACUGUCACUCGUGCACCACCCACCGUCCUUCCUUCCUCCCGUUGCACUCGGUUAGCCCCGGAGUUCAGAUGGACCCCCUGGAGACGGACGCAGACAUGCACUCCCUGGGCAGCACCUCCUGGCUCUUGGACCAGCGGGACUCCAGCCGGCGGCCCGUCAGCACCAACCUAUCCUGUCUUACCAGGCAUCUACCACUGUGAGGCGCUGUGAGGAGGCCGCGCGACUUAGCCCGGGAUGCCAAAAAGACAAAUCGAUGAAAAGCAAAAAGUAGCAGUUCGUUGUUUUUGUUUUUUUUGUCCCUUCUUCUAUGCAUUUGUUCUGUGCUCACCAACUCUCUUUGCUGCACUUUGAUGUUCCCUCGAUGGCGAUGAUUCUCCCUCUGGACGCCUGCUGGGUCAAGACUUGUAGCACAGGGCCGUCUAACUCGUGUCCAUUGAGGGCCGCGUCGCUGUCAAUUUAAACAUUUAUUGAAAAUAUGCAUGUGGGUAAUAACAGGGUUUGUGCGGGUCAUUAAAAGGAUUUUUUGCAAAAAA